AUGUCUGCAAGCGUUCCGCUGCUGUCCUCUCGGCAGUCAAGCAGAAGCUCUUCCAACACGAAGCAUGUCGGAGGUACUGCUUGGCCUGGAAUCUGCAUGGCUGUGGGCUUUUCGGCACUUGCGGCGGCGACAAAAGCAACUGGAACUCGUUUGUCCAGCUAUGAACGAAUAUUCCUCAGAAGCUGCUUCUGCAUCGUAAUGGCCCCCGUGGCAGGCGAGGUGCCCUGGCCUCCGUUGAACUCGCGGUAUCGCGGCUUGCUGCUUCUGAGAGGAGCUUUGGGAUUCGUUGCCGUGUGGUCGUAUUACGAAUCCAUCGCCCGGGUCCCGCUGGCUACUCUGACGCUCAUCUCAAGGCUUCACCCGUUGCUCUCCACCGCCUUGGCCGGCGUAAUCCUCGGCGAGCCCGUGAAGCCAAGGCAGCUGAUAGCCCUUCUCGCGGCUGCGUUUGGCACCGCUAUGCUGGUACCACGCACCGAGGAGCUGCUUUCCUCGGCUCAGAACAGCACCUACGGCUACAUGUGCUGCGUGUCCGCGGCCUUCUUCACCGCUGCGGCACUGCUCUGCGUGCGAACGCUCUCAGUGUUAGAUGAGGCACCACAUCAUGCACGAGAAGCCUUUCACUGGGGCAACUUGUGCGGCUCAUUGGCGCUAGGUUUACCACAUGGCUUUCUUUGGCCCAAUCGAAGCGAGCUGCUCUGGAUCCUGGCCACUGCUUUGUCCAUGCAGUUGGCGCAGCUUGCGCUGACGCAAGUCCUGCGCAACCCUAUGGUCAGCGCGGCGAAGUAUUUUUUCCUUACCAUCGUCUUGAACCUGGGCUUCGGCAUCAUAAUGGGAGAUCCCUGGCCUUGUGUGAGAGAGUGGCUUGGGGCAGCUGUGGUGGUGCUGAGCAUGAUUUUCAGUGAAGUGCCUGCAAAGCCAACCUCUGCAAAAGCUUAG